AUGGCCGACAGAUCACUUAGUUCAUCAAGUCUUACGCGAGAUCGUCCGCCACUUUUGUCUAAAUUUCAAUUACAAGAAAUUUUAAAGGAAAUGGUUGGCAAAGAUGUCCACGUUAAGGAAUUUAGAGAACUUCCUAGUUAUCAAGAUAGAAAUUACUACUUUCGCUUGGAUUUAGAUAAAACAGGGAGCCAUAUUGAAAGUCCAAUUUUGCCAUCUUCUGAUUAUCAAGAUGAAAUUAAGACAAUCAAUCCACAAUAUGUACUUAAGAUCUUGAGAUCCGGAGAAAGCAAGAAAUUAGCUUUGGGUAGGCUCGAUGCUUUACUGUACCUUGGUAAAACUGGCUUUGAAUGUUCAAGAGUAAUACCAUUGCGUAAUCAAGAAUUCUAUAAGAUGGUGGCACCCCCUAAACAAGACGGAAACAACCAAGAAAUCCAACACGAAACGACAGAAUAUAUCGCCUAUAUCCUUUCUUAUAUCGAUGGCAGCAUGAUUUCAACUAUAAAGCCCACUUACGAUUUAUUCUAUCGAGUUGGAAAAUUAGUUGGAAAAAUAGAUUCAAACUGGCAGGGUUAUCACGCUGAAGUGUUGAAAGGCAACAACAGCAUCUGGUCAUUACGAAAUUUUCAUGAAUUACGGUCAUGCAUUAAAUACUGCAAAGAAGAAGACUGGAGUUUCUUGGAAACAACAUUCCAUACUAUAUCCAAAUACUUUAAGGAAAAUGUAAAGAAUUUACGUCAGUCCACAAUCCAUAGCGAUAUAAAUCAAUCCAAUAUUCUCGUUCAGCAUAACCAGGAAAAAAAUGAUUAUGAUAUUACCGCUAUUAUUGAUUAUGGUGAUAUUGAUUAUGAUUGCUUAAUCUUCGAACUAGGAAUUACUAUUGCCUAUUUAUUACUAGUUACGGAAGGGAAUCCAGUCAAACCAGCAGCCUACUUAAUUGCAGGCUAUCAUUCAGUCUUACCAAUAAAUGAAACAGAAUAUAAAGGGCUGCACACUAUCAUUGCGGCUAGGUAUUUUCAAUCGAUCGUUCUAGCUAAUCGUCAACGAGCUCAAGAUCCUGAUAAUGACUACAUCAUGAGUAAAUAUAACAGAAAAUGGGAAUUACUCCGCUUUUUUACAUCAACUUCACAGGAAGAGAUUUAUAAAAUAUGGGAUCAAAUUUCUUGGAAUUACAACCAAAAGCCCUAA